CAAAUUACAAUUGUAUUAAGGUGUCUACUUGACUUGGUCUUCUACAUGGCAUUUCAGUCCAUCCUCAGAUUACCAUAAACCCUUCUGUUCAAGCUCACAACUUGGUUCGCAUUUACUUCUGACUCGUGGAUAUUUUUGUAAAUUACCGAAACGGGGAUGUCUUCCCUGCAACUUCUCAGAUUCAUCGGUUUUGGCCUUCUGUAGCUUUUCUUUAAUCUUGACAGUUCCUCUGUUUGCAGCUUCUUUGAACAAAUACCAAAGAUUCCCAGAUUUUCUUUUGAUCGUCACUUGUAAUUCUAUUAUUUUCUGGGGAAAUAAAAUGGUGGAUGCAGUGGUGAGUGUAUGCUUGGAAAAGCUGCUUAAUACACUUACAGAGCAGAGUCGCUUUGUGAAUGAAUUUAGAGAUCAAUUUGAGAGGUUAGAGAAGGAGCUCCAGUUGAUGCAAUGCUUCCUCAAAGAUGCUGACAAGCACAAGAGGAAGAGUAAGAACGAAAUUCUCCGCCAGAUCAUGGCUAAUUUGCGAGAGCUGAUUUAUGAAGCUGAAGAUAUUCUGGCAGACUGUCAGCUUCAAUCACAGGAUGAUGACAAACUGUCCUAUGGUUGGUUGAAUUGUAUCAAUCCUCUUAAUGUGGGGUUCCAAUAUCAAACUGGAAGGCGCCUCAGAGAGAUAAAUGAGAAAAUCACCCUCAUUAAAGAAAACAUCUCGUCUUUUCUUAAUGUGCCAAUUUUUGGCCGGACAGAGACAAUAGGUGCUCUCAGUGGCCGAGGGGAUAGAUGGAGUGGCCCUGUAUAUGACCAUACCCAAGUAGUUGGAUUGGAAGGUGACACGAGGAAGAUUAAAGAUUGGCUAAUUGAAGCCGAGAAUGGCCUAGUAGCAAUUGGAGUUGUUGGUAUGGGUGGAUUGGGAAAGACCACGAUUGCUCAAAAGGUUUUCAAUGACAGAGAAAUGGAGAAUCUGUUUGAGAGAAGAAUGUGGGUGUCUGUUUCUCAAACAUUUACUGAAGAACAAAUUAUGAGAAGCAUGUUAAGGACCUUGGGAGAUGCAAGUGUUGGAGAUGAUAGAGGGGAACUGUUAAGGAAAAUUAAUUUAUAUCUCUCAGGCAAGAGGUAUUUGCUCGUGAUGGAUGAUGUCUGGAGUGAGAAAACUGAUUGGUGGCAGAGAAUAUGUGAGGGAUUGCCCAAGGGAAAAGGAAACUGUGUUAUCAUCACUACCAGAAAUGAAAGAGUUGCACGAAAAAUGGGAGUGAAAGAAGAAAAAGUCCAUCGGCCCAAGUUCCUGAGCAAGGAUGAUAGCUGGUUGCUGUUUCGUAAGAUAGCAUUUGCAGAAACUGGAGGGGAGUGUAUGUACCCUUCGCUACCAGAUGUCGGUAGGGAGAUUGUAGAGAAGUGCCACGGUCUUCCAUUAGCAAUAAAGGCAUUUGGAGGGAUGAUGCUGUAUAAACCACCAACUAUUCAUGAAUGGAGGCGAACUGCAAAUAAUUUUCGGGAUGAAUUGGCAGAAAACGAUGAUUCUGUCAUGGCUUCACUGCAACUUAGUUACGAUGAGCUCCCCCCAUACCUUAAGUCAUGCUUCCUUAGUUUCUCUAUUUAUCCAGAGGACUGUGUCAUUACAAAAGAGCAAUUAGUUCACUGGUGGCUUGGGGAGGGUUUUGUCCCAGUAAGAAAUGGUAGAUCAUCAAUUGAAGCUGGAGAAGAUUGUUUCUCGGGGUUAACAAAUCGAUGUUUGGUAGAAGUGGUUGACAAGACUUACAACAAAACAAUUAGUACUUGUAAAAUUCAUGAUAUGGUUCGUGAUUUGGUGAUCAGAGUAGCAGAAGAGGAUGCAUUUUUCAGAUCAAAUGGUAUGAAUUGUCGUCAUUUGGGGAUUAAAGGCAAGAUGCUAAAGAAGCAGCUUGUAGGUAAUUCAAAGUUGCGAGCACUGUUAUCUACAACAAAGACUGCUGAAGUGAACAACAUUGCAUCAAGCAUUGCAACAAAGUUCAGUGAAUGUUGCUAUAUGCGAGUUUUAGAUCUUUCCAGAUCAAUCUUCAAAUUGCCACGCAAUGGUCUGUUGAAUCAGAUUGGUUCACUUCAGCAUUUGACUUAUCUUAGCUUAAGCAAUACCCAUCCUUUGAUUCAACUCCCACCCUCGCUAGAGAAACUUUACAACCUUCAGAUUUUGGAUGUGAGUUACUGUCAAAACCUUAAAAUGCUACCCCCUUAUAUUGUGUCAUUUAAGAAGCUCAGAGUCCUAGAUGUAAGCCAUUGUGGUUCCCUUGAAUACAUACCGAAAGGCUUAGGAAAGCUUUCAAACCUUGAAGUUUUGUUGGGUUUUAGACCUGCUCAAUCAAGCCAAGUCAAAGGUUGUCGGAUUCCUGAGUUGAUGACUUUGACUCGACUUAGGACACUUGGAUUACAAUUUACUCGUGCGGAUGAGAUUGGAGACAAUGAGGUCAAUGCAUUGAUAAAUCUUAACGAACUGCAAUUUUUGUCUAUCAGUUGCUUUGAUAGCGAAGGUAGCGGUGACCUCAUUGCCAAAGUUGAAAAACUCUAUCCUCCACAGCAGCUUGAUGAGCUGAGUCUCAACUAUUUUCCUGGGAAGACAAGUCCAAUCUGGCUCAAUCCUGCCUCCCUUCCCAUGUUAAGAUACCUUUCAAUUUCUGCCGGAAAUCUUGAAAGCAUGCAUGAGAGCUUUUGGGGGGUGAAUGAUACCAUCUGGAAAAUUGAAGCUCUAAUGUUUGAUUCUCUCUCAGAUUUGGGACUAGAAUGGGCAGCUUUACAAGAAGUUAUGCCAUCCUUAAGAAUUGUGAAUGCUACUUGGUGUCCAGAGUUAUGUUCUUUCCCAAUUGAAGACAUUGGAUUCAGAGGUGGUGUUUGGACCAGAGAAGAGCAGAUCAUGAAUAUGUAGAAUAAAGACUCUGUAAUGGCAAAUACAUGUAAUUUAUCCCUUAUUUUUUUAUUUCCAUGUGAAACUUGAUGAUUGUUUUUAA